GAUUUAUUUUGCUGUAACACACGUCCAAAAUGGCCACACAGCAGCAGCCGGUAUGCCAAAUUUUUUCAUUUCGGGACUGUAAAAAUUCUCCCGAUCCGAUUUUAGAUCCAUUGGUGACCUCAUGUGGGACAGCGACCCCAAUUGUGAUCGACAACGGCUCCUUCCAGACCAGGGCCGACUGGGCGACGGUGGAUUUGGACGCUCCGCGGCUGCUCUUUCGGUCAGUGGCGGCGCGCAGCAGAGGAGCUGCCCGGAACGAGACCCAGAUCGGGAACGACAUUCCCAAUCUGGAGCCUCUACGGUGGCUGCUCAAGAGUCAGUUCGACCGCAAUGUCGUGGUCAAUUUCGAAAUCCAAGAGUUGAUUUUCGACUAUGUGUUUACUCACCUGGGCAUCACCUCCGAGGGGCGUGUGGAGCAUCCAAUUGUGCUGACUGAGGCACCCUGCAACCCUCUGCACUGCCGCCAGAUGAUGUCGGAAUUGCUAUUUGAGUGCUAUGGCGUCCCUCAUGUCUCCUACGGAGUGGACGCUUUGUACAGUUUCCAUCACACCAACAAUCAGAAGAACCUGCGGCCACCACAGACCGGGAUCAUUUUGUCCUCUGGGUACCACUGCUCGCACAUCUUGCCUGUUCUCAAUGGCAGAUUGGAUGCGGUGAACUCUAAGCGUGUGAAUGUGGCGGGAGGCCAGGCAGCAGCCUACCUGCAGAGACUCCUGCAGCUCAAAUAUCCCGGUCACUUGGCUGCCAUCACACUGGGCCGCAUGGAAGAGCUGCUGCAUGAACACAGCUACACUGCUGUGGAUUAUCAAGAAGAGUUGGAAAAGUGGCGCAGCCCGGAAUUUUACGAGCGGGAAGUUCACCGAAUGCAACUUCCCUUCUCGGGCAAGUUGCCUGGAGGCUGUGUGAGCGUGGAAGAGAGGCAAGAGAGGAGAGCGCAGCAGCUCAGGCGGCUUCAGGAGAGCAACGCUCGACGUCGCGGUGAGAAACUCCAUCAGGAUCAGGAGAGGCUGGACAGAUUGAUGGGCGUACAGGAGCUGCUGGAGGAUGGCUUCUUGGAUCAAUUCCACAAGAGCCUGGUCGAGCUCAACAUGGACUCGGCUGAGGAGCUGCAGUCAUACAUCAGCAAACUGCAGCUGGCCGUGGAGCAGGGCCGCCAGAAACUGUUGCACAGCGACGGCGUCGAGGGAAAGACAGAGGUGUCCGAGUUGGAGCAGCAAAUGGAGGAGGGCGACGGCAUCGUGAUGAUGUAUCCUGACUUUUCUGAGGACACGUUGACAGAAAAACCUAAUUUAAAUGUGGUCCAGCCGGCCUUCAACAUGGCAGAAUACCACCAACUGUUUGUGGGCACCGAGCGUCUGCGCUGUCCAGAGAUCCUCUUCCAACCCUCACUGACUGGAGAAGACCAAAUGGGGAUGAUGGAGACGCUUCAGUAUGUGUUGGCCAGGUAUACUCCUGAGCAGCAGGAGGCGCUGGUGAGCAAUAUGUUCCUGACCGGAGGAAAUAUGCAAUAUCCCGGGAUGAAGGAAAGAGUGGAGAGGGAGCUGCUGGCCAUAAGACCCUUCCAGUCUCACUUCAAGGUGAACUUGGCGACGCAGCCGACUUUGGGCGCAUGGCUCGGGGCAAGAGACUGGGCCCUGGAGCACCCUCCCGGUUGUGGUGGAAGAGGAGUGGCGGGAUGGAUCAGUCGGCAGGACUACGAGGAGAAGGGAGGCGAGUACCUCAGUGAGCACUGCGCCUCCAACGUCUUCUUCCCCAUCAAGAUCAACAAGACGCUUCCCGCUCGGCAGGCCGAGCCCUCUGUGACCUUGCCGACGGAAGCUUCCGGACCGGUCAGAAUGGUUACGUCCUCUCCAACUUCCUCUUCUUUGACUUCAGAUGUUCCCAUGGUUUCAUCCUAAAGUGACAAUGGUAACUGGGACCGCUUAUUCAUUUGUGCGCAGGAUCACACAAAAGCUGCAUUGUUCUUGACAGGGCAAGAAAUUAAAAAUGGCCACCACAUUUCACCGUAUAUCAGCCAGUCAUCAAAGAAAAUUAAAUCGUGGCAGAGUCAAUAUUUGUCUGUAAUGUUUGCCCUGCUAUUCACAGGACUGAGAUCAAGCUCGGCUGCUAAUAGCAAACAUCUGGGAGUAAUUGACACCCCCCCUCAAUAAAGUAAAUAAUUGUUUGUCAAUGCCACAAAACAACGGCAAAGCUUUUUUCCCCCCAUGUGUGUAUAUGGUGGUUUACUGUAUUACGAUUUAUAUCAAGUGAGGUUGGAAUUAAAAACUAAAUGUUUGGAGAAGUGCAGAAACCGAGACAGACUGGUGAGAACCAAUAAGUCGCAUAGAGCAGAGAGAGAGAGAGAGAGACACACACACACACACACACACACACACGUGUGUGUGCAUGCAUUAUUGUGGGGUAUUUAUUGCAGGUGUAUUUGCUUGACACAGCCAGUGCAUGUUGUCAACCCGGCAGACAUCUGCAGUCUAAUAGUGUUAAGGAGUGUGAAACUGCCACCGUUCGAGCUUCAAACCCUCUGCCAGCCUGUAACUGUUUCUCCUUAAACCACACACACACACACACACACACACACACACACAGGCACACACGCACACUCACACGCACACUCAGCAGGGGCACAGGGAGGCUAAUCGUAGCCAAACCAGUCUUGUGAGUCGAGACUGCAGGAUGUUUGGCACAAAUUUAACAAGGCUGAUUAAAAAUAGAAAAACAAGGCAAUAUUUAUGUGCAAGUAUUUAUUUCUGUGCCUACAACCCUUCAUGGCAUUACCAUUUGUCAAAGAAAACCGCUGAUGCAAGUUGAUGACAUUGCAAAAUUUUAGGUUCAAUUGAUACUUUUUUUUUCUCCCUCAGAUGGAGUGUUAGUUUGGACUCCCUUUUGCAUUAUAAUACCCAUUCGACCCCUGCCUCUUUUUUUUAUUUUAUUUUAUUUUUUAAGUCUGAUGAACUGCUAUGACGAAUAUGCGUCAGCAUUACAAGGUCUUCAGCGCAAGGCGUUCUGCUACAUCAUGCAGGUUGUGUUUAUUUUUAAACGGGGAUCUCUUUAUAUCACUUAGGAGGAUUAAUGAUGUGCUGCGGUCACAUCAGGCACUCUUUAGGAAAACAGAACAAGAGUUUAACAACUGGAACGCUGGCAAAUAUUCACAACAACUGGUAGCACUAGAGAUAGACUACCUGGUUGCUGACCGCAAUGAUGCAAGCACAACGAGACAGCAGCGUCUGUUCAUGUACACAAAACAAUUUCUACAUUGACAAUCUAUAAAUCCAAUGUAAAUGGAUAACCAUGCGUGCAGACUCUCCAAUAUUAUUUUGUAUUUAAAGGGGAAGUCAGCCCAAAACAAUACUUUACAAUAAUUUGUUCUACGUGCCCCCACUAGUCUAAACCCGAUGUUUUGAUUAACAUUGUGUUUGUGGAAUAGGAAUUGCGCAGCAAAAUUCACCCAAUUUCAUCCAUCUUUGCGGGGCUGCCAUUUUGCCACUUGCUGUCGACUGAAAAUGACAUCAAAGUUACCCAGGGCUCGUUUAACGACCAAUCACAGCUCAGCUUGCAAAUGCCACACGGCCAAACUCAGAAAACAGGUGAGCCGUGAUUGUUUGUGACUGAGCAACUGUAAUGUCAUUUUCAGUUAGUUGACAGGGAGCCAGAUCAGAAAGAUCAAAGAGGCGCGUGGAGCUCAGGAGCAAGGUUUUAAUCUAUUUCUGCUGGAGUGGAGGGCGUUCCCUCCAGCGGUGCACCCUUCCUGAAUCAUAUCAGUGGUCCAAUUAAAGACUGCCAUGCCGGUCACUUGCUGUCCGAUGAUUUGCCUUGCUCACGACUCAUACCAAGUGCAAUUCUUGAGACACUCACAAUAUUGUUUCUCUGUUCUUGUUCUUGUCAUAAUUGUUUUUGCUGUAUUAGAAUUGAAGUUACUAAUUCACAUUGCGAUUUUGUGUUUUCUCAUGAUUUAAUUUUCUUAUAAUUGACAGGCGAUUACAUGUUGUGUCAUUAUUCCUAUUUGUACUUUGUCGGUCUUGCGCCUUUUUGUAAAUAAACAUUUUUCUCACAGAA